UUAAUCAAUGGACCUAAUAAGACUUCGAUGGAACCUAUUGAUUCCGAUUUUGGCACUCAUGGAAAAGGACUAAAAUACUAUUUUCGGCCAUGCCAUAAUGGUUAUAAUACUGGUUUUGUUAUUGUUGAAUUUGAUGCAUCCCAGUCACCAAAAGCCCCGUUCUUCUAUGGCGAUUAGGACAUCAACUCCACAGCGGCAGAGCUUUGACUCGAGGCAGCGCAGGGAUGCUGCGGGGCGUGGAGGAGUGUACGAGCACCUUGGGGGAGCACCGAGACACAGAAAGUUGUACUGUGCCACAAAGUAUCACUUACAAAUACAUCCCAAUGGGAGAAUAGACGGGACCCUGGAGGAGAAUAACCCUUUCAGCAUAUUGGAGAUAGCAGCAGUGGAUGUGGGAGUGGUGGUGAUUAAAGGACUGUUCUCUGAUAGAUAUCUGGCCAUGAACGAAAAAGGAGGACUAUAUGCAUCGGCUGCCUUCAACCAGGAGUGUGAGUUCAUGGAGCGGAUCCAUGAGUUAGGCUACAACACUUACGCCUCCCGCAACUACCAGACAACCACUCCCUCCACCUCAACAGGAAGCAGCAGCAGGCGAAGGGCGAGUGCUGAGAGGCUGUGGUACGUGUCGAUCAACGGAAAGGGCCGGCCAAAGCGUGGCCUGAAGACUCGCAGGACAGAGAAGGCCUCCCUCUUCCUUCCCAGGGUCCUUGGCCACAAGGACCAUGACAUGGUUCACCUGUUGUUCAACAGUAGUCUAGGGUACAGACAGACUGCCCUCAGACUUACAGGAAAGACAGGGCAAAGGAGAUAGAGACAUGUUUCCAUAUCCAGGCAGUUUGAUGACUAGUCUGACUCAUGUCAUUCCACGCUGCCCACAGCCUGA